AUGAAUAAGAACGAACCAGAGAGUAUUAUUGAAUCUGCUGAAGAAGAGUCAAUUAAUUUUAAUGUUGGUGGCUGGCAUUUCUCAAUUCCCAAAAGUAAAGUCACUCAAUUUCCUGAAUCUCCAUUAUGGAAAGCAGCUGCUGUACAAGACCAGUCUGAAAAUCUAAGAUUAUUUAUUGACCACGAUGGUUUUAUAUUUAGGCACCUUCACUAUUACAUGCAGACUUCAAAAUUAUCUUUUUUCAGCUGUGCUGAAUUUAACUUAUUACAUGAGCAAGCAUUAAUUUUUCAGCUGACACCUCUAGUACAGAUUUUAGAUAAUUUGAAGGAGGAGAAACAUAAUUUAUUUGUCCGACCUGCAGAUAUACCAGUAGCUCAAAGAACAUCUCCGAGUUACUGGAGAACGCGAAAAAGUACCAGCAAGCCCUCAGAGAUUCCUCCCAAAAGAAGAGCAUUCACAGGUUUACAUGAAAGUGCUCCCCUAGGGCUAGUGGAUACACCUUUACUUGAUACAGAAGAAGAAGUGAAUUACUGUUUUUUGCCACUAGAUUUAGUGAGAAAAUAUCCCAUGCUAGUUAAUGAUGACAAUUUGCUGUGGCUGCUUGAGAAUGCAGUCCUGAUUGAAUGUGAAUGCAGUGAGUUCCGUUUCAUAGUUAACUUUCUCCGCUCGGAGAAGAUCUUGUUGCCCGAUGACUUCUCCAACAUCGACGUCUUGGAGGAAGAAGUUUUACUUCUGGGAAUUCCUGAACUUACAGACGCUUUGAGGAUCUAUAGAGGCGGCGGCGCGGCGGGGAGCGGCGCGGGCGGGCGGCGAGGGGCGGCGGGGCGGCGGGCGCCGCUCUUCUGUCUGGCGCUGGGGCUGCUGUCGCGAUAUCCCGACUCAGCCCUCGGACAGCUCCGCCUGGGCGGCGACCGGCGGCGGCUCCACGUCUGCGGCACCGGCGGCCUUUUCCAGCACGCCAGAGAUUGGUUGGGAACUUGCCAACUUCCUCUCACUGAAAGUAUUUCUGAAAUCCAAGAGCUCUGUGCUUAUUUGGACAAAAGGGACAGCACAUAUGAGCCAAUGAAAGAUGCUUUAAAAUGCUAUCUGAAGCAACAGAUGCCAUCAGGGAGCAGAGAUUACAAUGCAGACUGGACAGCAGAAGUGUCAGUAUGCUCACUGCAUCAGAUUGUGAAAGUUUACGUAGGAAGUAACUGGUAUGAAACUUACUUACAGACACUAUUGAAGUACCCAGAGCUGCUGUCAAAUGACAAAAAAGUCUGUUGGAUUACCUAUGGUCAAAGUCUUCUAAUCCAUGGGGAUGGACAAAUGUUUCGGCAUGUUCUCAACUUUCUAAGACUUGGGAAAUUAUUUUUGCCAACAGAAUUUAAAGAAUGGCCUCUCUUUUGUCAAGAAGCAGAGGAGUACCAGAUCCCUUCUCUUUUAGAAGCACUUUAUCACUGUGAUGCAUACAGGUUGUGGAUCCAAAACAAGGAAUUGCGCAAUGAAGGUUCUUUCCCAUGUAGAAGAUUAGAUAUUGUGUCUUGGAAUAAGGAGCAUGAGUUCAGCAAAGACCCAGAAGAGGUGUAUCCAUAUGCAGCUGUGGAUUCCAGUAAACACUAUGUUAAUACAUGGAGCAAUAUAAGAGAUCUGACGGGAAAGCAAGAUACCAAUGGGGAGAAGGCAAAGUGUUCCAAAAUGGUAUCAUGGGCUAGGGGGACAAAGCGAAGGAAUACACUUGGAGAAUACGAAGAAUCCUCACACAGUAUGGUAAACUCCAGCUUACUUUCAGUAAGCCCUCCAAGGAAGAGAGAAAUAAGAAGCAGUUUAACAAAGAAAGAAGAAGAUAAAGACUCAGCAACUCACAUCCAGAAAUUACUUUCCCUGGUAAAGCGAUGGGACAUGCUGAACUCCAAGAGAUGUGAUUCUCAGCACAUAAAAAUAUCCGAUGGUUGCGUCACAGGCAGCGUAUCUCAAUACAACACUCCUGAAAAGGACAGAGGUAUCAAAGAUUCUAUUGCUUGUUCUCCUGGGAAAAUAAGCUUUACAACUCAAGAAAACAAUCCCAUUACCCAAUAUGAAGCCGGGGCUGAAGGAAAGCAGCUGGACCAAUACGUGUUCAGACAGAGUCUGGCAGUUACUCCAAGUGCUGGAACAUAUACAUUCAACACCAUAAAAACUACUUCCACAAUAGGAAAAAAUAUGGAGAACAUAAACAGGGAGCAAGCAGAAGGAAGUUUACCCAGUGAAGUAAGAGACAAGAGCUUGCAGCUGAAACUCAUCCCUAUAAAAGGCAAAACAAUGGACAGCAAACAAACCCGUGUUCUUCUGGAAGAUCACAGAAAUGUAGGGCUGAUUCUUAAAGUUGAACAUCCUCCGGUUUUAGGCAGUGAUGGCUUUCAUACAUACAAUGAAGAGAGUGUUGUUUAUAGCAUUCUGCUGGAUGGCACCCAGCUGGAUAAUUCAAACACUCAAGCACUACCCAAAGAUAUUGUUUUUCUUCGCUUUUCUCUCUCGCGUGAGGAGAUAUUCUAUGCCAGGAAGUGCCACUUUUUCCUGACUGAUGUCAUCCUGGACUCAAUAAGGCAGAAGGAUCCCAAGGAAAUCACAGCCAAGAUCAUGACCCUUGUGAGCAGGCUUUGGACCCAGCAGCUCACACCCAAGGAGUUUGUUGCUGACUUACUGAACACAGAGUAUUUUAAAGGGGACAGAAAGAUUCAUGAAGAGCUACUGAAGUGGGUGGAAUUUACCUUGCCAUUUGCGUGGAAGUACAGCCGCUGCCUCGAUUUACUGAUACAGAGAGGGCUUGCUAGAUGUGUCUCAUACUUUGCCUUGGAAAUGUAAGUUUACAGACUGUUAAUAAAGUUUAUUGAAAU